AUGGGUUUUCUAGCUACAACCCUUGGCCUUUUAUUAAUUGUCACCACUGUUUGGUCAGAUGAAGCUCCAAAAGGUCCUAAAGUAACCCACAAGGUUAAAUUUGAUAUUAGUAUUGGGGAGCAAGCUAUUGGAACAGUUACAAUUGGUCUUUUUGGAAAGACAGUACCAAAAACAGCUGAGAACUUCUACCAAUUAGCCCUAAAACCUAAGGGAGAAGGUUACAAAGGCAGUAAAUUCCACAGAGUUAUUGAUAACUUCAUGAUUCAAGGUGGUGAUUUUACUAAAGGAGAUGGAACUGGAGGUCGUAGCAUCUAUGGAGAAAGGUUUGAAGAUGAAAACUUUAAGCUGAAGCACUAUGGUGCUGGAUGGUUAUCUAUGGCAAAUGCAGGCAAAGACACCAAUGGUUCGCAGUUCUUUAUUACUACCACUAAGACCCCAUGGCUUGAUGGCAGGCAUGUAGUUUUUGGAAAAGUGAUUGAGGGCAUGGAUGUUGUACGCAAGAUUGAGAAGACUGUAACUGGAGCCAAUGAUCGCCCAGUAAAGGAUGUUGUUAUUACAAACACUGAAGCCGAAAUUGUUUCAGAGCCAUUUAGCGUCACAAAAGAAAGUGCUCAAUAA